CUCGAUUGGGAAUGUCCCGCACCCCCACGGGGCCGGGGUUAUUCUUCCAGCUGGCCUCUCUCUGUUGCUGUUGACCUGUCAAAUCAGCUUGUCGAACACUUGAACUUCUGCAACGGUUCUCGAUCCUUCCAACCCCGUGUCGUCCCUAAUACUUUGUACUUUCGACAACGUAUAACCUCCGCCCUCCCCCCUCCCCCCUGCCACCACGGCGAUCAAGAAAGGCACACGACCCAUGACGAUACAACAAGACCACGACGAACACGCUGCUGAUGCUGCCGCCGCCUACGAGGGGAAGCCGUCGCGCAACGGCUACCCCGCCGAGUCCAAAGGAUGCGCUGAUGCUGCCCCCCGCUCGUUGCGCGAAGUGUGUUUGGAGUUGAGGGAGAAGAUCGAUGCUUUCCUAGCAGAGGAGCCGACAACGCCUCUGCUCCGAGACCUUCAGUCACGACUGCGCGUCUCCAUGGCCGUAACAGAGGAGGCAUUGGAGCGGUAUCAACCGGAAGAGAUUUCUUUAUCCUAUAACGGAGGGAAAGACUGUCUCGUCCUCCUCCUCAUCAUUCUCGCCUGCCUCCCCCACCGCUUCCCCUCGCCAAGCAACCCGACCGGCACCGCGACGAACCCCCCGAACACAUCCUCCGACCCCGCCGCGCCGUUCCCGGAAAAGGUCCAGGCCGUCUACAUCGUCUCCCAACACCCCUUCUCCGAAGUCGACGACUUUGUCGCCUCGUCCGCGCAAGAAUACCACCUAGACAUCAACCGAUACAGCCUCCCGAUGAAGCAAGGACUGCAGGCGUAUCUAGCGGACCGACCCAGCAUACGGGCCAUCUUUGUGGGGACGCGGAGGACAGACCCGCAUGGCGAGGAUUUAAAGCAUUUUGACCCGACGGACGCCGGGUGGCCUCCUUUUAUGCGGAUUCAUCCGGUUAUUGACUGGCAUUAUGUGGAGAUUUGGGCUUUCAUUCGGCAUCUGGGCACUCCGUAUUGUCCUCUGUACGACCAGGGCUACACGAGUCUAGGCGGAAGACGCGAUACGCACCCGAAUCCCCAUUUAAAGAAAGAAGGGGCGAACGGAAAGGAGUUUCGGCCUGCGUACGAGUUGACGGAUGAUGAGGAAGAACGGCUGGGUCGGGAUAGAUGAAGCUGAUCGCAUAGAGAGAGCAGGGUCUGAUUGUUUCUCCUUCACUCGCCGCAAACAAAGCAAACGGAUUUGGUUGAGCAUAUUAUAUAUAUAUCGACAUAUCUUUGGCAUGUCGUCGACUUUUGACUUUGUCGCGACGAUUAUAGACGAUGCCCCCAGGGAAAUAGCAUUCUUAGAGGAGGGAAUGCGGAUUUGGUUGUGUGCCCCCCGCAUGUUUGCUGAACAUUGUCGGCUGUCGCUACUUGGACAGAAAGACCUUUCGAGAAGAGUACCGGUCUUCCGCCACCCCCUAUUCGGUCUUCUUAAACCCUUUCUGGAUAGAUAAUCCACUACAUCUCCACCACCCGAAAUUCUAGGUUUCUUAAUGUACACAAAUAUAUCCAAAGAAACAGUACGAGUUACCUCUAGCCUCUAAAAGUCAGCCG